GCUCCUCAACCCUUCCCCUGUCCUUGAAUUGUACUUCUGCCAUCAGUGGGAACCAUUUUCAAGGACACAGCUUGUGAGUGCAACGACAGCUAAGGCUGUCCGUAUGGUAGAAGUGACUGAGCCCAGUGACUGCCUCUAGAAACUUCAGAUGGGCUGGGAGAGCUCCUUGUCAUAAGGCUUUAAAAGACAAGCCUCGCAUCUUAGGAAGAAGGUGGGUCCCUUUGAAGACUCUAGGAGCAGCUAUACUUCUCCAAUCAAAACUGAAAAUGCUUUUCAUGUCUGAACAAUUUUGAGAAGACUGAGUGGACAAGAUGUCUGUGUGUCUGAUCUCUCUCAUAAGUAUGGAAAUACUACUUUUGUCAAAGCUUUGUCUGAGCUUCCACAUUGAACCCAAAGAAGGUAGCCUUGCCGGGGGAACGUGGAUUACAGUCAUGCUAGAUGGUUUGGAGUCUGGUCUGCUUUAUCCUGACAAUGGCUCUCAGUUGGAGAUACACCUGGUGAAUGUGGCUCUGCCUGAGCUGCCAAGUGUCCCCUGUGACAUUUCUCCAGUCUUCUUGGAUUUGCCAGUGGUGAUGUGCAGGACCAGAUCUCUGUUGUCCGAAGCACAUGAGGGUCAGUACUACCUGCAAGUGCUUUCUGGGAAGCAGGUGAUAGGCAGCCCAUGCCCAGGACCACAAGACAAUUGUACUUUCAAGUUUUCCAGGGCAGAGACUCCCAUUGUUUACCAGGUUAACCCCCCAAGUGGAGUUCCAGGAAAAGUUAUACAUGUGUAUGGCUGGAUUAUUACGGGACAAUUGGAAACCUUUGAUUUUGAUGCUGAGUACAUUGAUAGCCCAUUGAUCUUGGAAGCUCAAGGAGACAAAUGGGUCACUCCCUGCUCUCUUGUGAACAGGAGGACAGGCAGCCUCUAUCCUAUUCAGGAAGAUCAUGGUCUUGGGACUCUUCAGUGCUGUGUGGAAGGCAACUACAUUGGUUCCCAGAAUGUUAGUUUUUCAGUAUUUAACAAAGGAAAGUCAAUGGUUCACAAGACAGCAUGGCUGAUCAGUGCUAAACAGGACCUCUUCCUGCACCAGACAUAUUCAGACAUAUUCUCUGUGUUUCCAGCAACUGGAAGCCUUGGGGGAGGAACAGACAUCAUGAUUACUGGAGACUUCUUUGACAAUCCUGCUGAGGUUACCAUUGCGGGCAUCCCUUGUGAUGUCACACACGUAUCUCCCAGGAAGAUUGAGUGCACUACGAGGGCUCCAGGAAAAGGUGCUAGGCUCACAGCACCUCAGGCAGGCAAUCGAGGGCUUCUUUUCGAAGUUGGAGAUGCUGUUGAGGGCUUGGACCUGACUGAGGCCACCCCUGGGUACAGGUGGCAGAUCGUCCCUAAUGCCAGUUCUCCAUUUGGAUUUUGGUCAAAGGAAGGACAACCCUUCAGUGCAAGACUCAGUGGAUUCUUUGUGGCCCCAGAGACAAAUAAUUACACUUUCUGGAUCCAGGCAGACAGCCAAGCUUCCUUGUUCUUCAGUUGGUCGGAGGAUCCAAACACCAAGCUGAGAGUGGCCUCCAUCAGAGUGGGCACUGCCGACUGGUUUGACUCCUGGGAGCAGAAUGGGGAUGAGGGAACUUGGCAGCAGAAGUCCCCCAAGUUGGAGCUGUAUGGUGGAGCCAAGUACUACCUGGAAGCAGAGCAUCAUGGGAGAGCCCCCAGCAGGGGGAUGAAAAUUGGGGUGCAGAUCCACAACACAUGGCUGAAUCCUGAUGUGGUCAGCACUUACCUCCGGGAGAAGCAUCAGAUUCGAGUCCAUGCCCAGAGACUUCCAGAAACCCAGAUGCUGACUGUGCCCAGCAGAGGGAGCUUUCUCCUUACUUGGGACAAUGUCUCUAGUCAGCCAAUUCCUGCAAAUGCCACAGCCCAUCAGAUUCAAACAGCCAUUGAGGAGUUACUUGCAGUCAGAUGCCAGUUGGUCCCCCUUUCUGCUCACAUCCUGCUCCGACUUGGAUUUGAACAAGGUUUAGAAGGUUCCAGAUCUGAUGGGGAUCUUACCAGUGGGACAGAGCCCUUUUGUGGGAGGUUCAGCCUCCAUCGGCCUCGACACCUUGUCCUCACACCCCCAGCCUCCCAGAAGGGCUACAGGCUGGAUCAGCACACACAUCUCUGCAUGGCUUACAAAGGCCACAUGGAUCAGAUCCUGAGGGUGACCGUGUCCUUCACAGUAGACCUUCAGAACAUUGUUCAGAGAAACAUCUCCUGUGACUGGAGUCUCCUGGGGACCAGUCCCGACAGCUGGAAGUUCGCUUGCACUGACCUCUGGAACACCUGUGUGCAACACUCCGAGCAUCUCCCGAUGCCUCUGGCAGAUGCCCCAGUGCUGGUUCGUCACAUCGAUCUCUUCCCUCAGGCUCAGGAGCAGGAAGGUUUCUAUGUAGAUGAAAUUAUCAUUGCAGACACCAAUCUAACAGUUUCUCAGGUUGAUUAUGGAACAGCUCAUCCUGGCGGGAAUCUGGUGGAAUCGCUCUCUGUGGUGGGAUUCCCUCCAGUCUACAAUGUAACUGUCUGGUUGGUGGGGUGUGGCCUGGAGCUCCCCCUCAUCACCAUAAGCUCUGUGCCCACUGAAGGAGCAGAAGAAGGAUCCGGGCUGGUGAGGACUCAGAGACUACAGAGGACAAGCCCACCUUUAGGAGGACACUUUCGCAUCCAACUUUCUAAUACAGUGAUUUCUGACGUUCCUGUACACAUUUCAGCUAGUAACCUUCGCAAGCUCUUACAGAAUACUGCUGAUGACCUCACCUCCAGAUAUCUCAAUGUCAGUGACUUCACAGUGACGGAGGAGAGAAAAUCUUGCUAUGAACAUGUGUGGACCCUCUCCUGGUCCACCCAGAUUGGAGACUUGCCCAAUUUUAUCAGUGUCUCUGAUGGAAAUCUAACUGGAGUGAACCCGGCUGCAGCCACUCGUGUGGUCUAUGAUGGUGGAGUUUUUCUAGGACCCAUAUUUGGAGACAUGUUGGUGACUGUUAACCAGCAUAGCCAGGUGGUUGUGCGCGUGAAUGACAUACCAGCUCAUUGCUCAGGUUCUUGUACUUUCCAGUACCUAGAAGCAUCGACUCCUAGGAUCCAUUCCGUGUGGUAUUCUCUUGAUGGUGUCAUCAAGCUACUGGUUUACAUUACUGGAACAAGUUUCUAUGGUGACUCCCAGUCCUUAGAGGUUACAGUGAACAAAACAAGUUGCAAAGUUACCUUUUCCAACCUUACAACUGUGGUCUGUGAAAUGAACCUACUCCCCGUCGGAGCACAUCAGAUUGUGAUGUUGGUGAGACCUUCUGGUCUUGCCAUCAAUGCCAGUGGAGGAGGCCUCGUCUUACAUGUGGAACCCAGAGUGGAUGCUGUGGAGCCUUCCAGAGCUUCAGAGAUUGGAGGGCUCUGGGCCACCAUCCAAGGCUCUAGUUUGGAAGACGUUAGCCUGGUGUUAUUUGGAUCUCAGUUUUGUGCCAUCAACGUCACUAGAAGCAAUUCACAAAGAAUUCAAUGCAAGGUUCCACCCAGGGGAAAAGAUGGACAAAUUGUCAAUGUGACUAUGGUCAGUGGGGACCAUUCUGCCGUUCUCCCCAUGGCUUUCACAUAUGUCUCCUCGCUAAAUCCAGUGAUCGUGUCUCUGAGCAGAAACAGAAGCAACAUAGCAGGAGGUGAGACUCUUUUCAUUGGAAUGAUGCUGCUGAACUACACAGAUUUGGGUGUGGAAGUCCAUAUCCGGGACACCGUGGCUUACGUUCAGGCCCAGACGGCUCAGGGCUUGGUGGUGGUGCUGCCCCCGCUGCCAGCUGGUCUCCAUGGAAUCUCAGUUUCCAUCAAUGGGGUCAGCAUUCACUCACAAGGGGUUGAUCUUCAUAUCCAGUACAUCACAGAAGUUUUCAGCAUUGAGCCGUGCUGCGGGUCCCUGCUGGGUGGAACCAUCCUCAGUAUCUCCGGAAUAGGGUUCGGCAGGGAUCCAGAUUGGAUUUCAGUCCGUGUGGGCAAUCAGUCCUGUGACAUCGUGAACCUGACGGAGACCAACAUCUGGUGUGAGACCUCACCAGUGCCCGGGUUUCUUGACCUGGAUGCUGUCGCUGUCCCAGCCCCUGUGGAGGUCUGGGCUGGCAAUGUGUCCUUCCCCCGAGGACUUUUACCAAGCCUGGUGGGGAAGGGCUUUACCUUCACAUAUGAAGAAGCGACAACCCCAGUGGUCACUGCUGUGAGAGGAGAAAUCGAGAAUAGCAGCCUGAGGCUCUAUGUGGAAGGAAGGAACCUUUCCAACUCGGUGAUCCUUCUUGGGGACUUGAGCUGUGAUCUCGAGACACAGUCUUUCAGGAGCAGUGUGAGCCGGCGUGGGUGUUCCUUUCCACUUCACAGUUUGGAGGCAGGCAUCCAUCCCCUCCAAGUACGGCAGAGGCAGAUGGGGUUCACUAAUAUGUCUGCAGUGUCCCAGCAGUUUGUGAUGAUUCCUCGGAUAACAGGCGUCUUCCCAGCACAUGGGUCUACCUGUGGUGGGACAGAGCUCAUGGUGAGGGGUUUGGUGCUCAACUCAAGGACGAAGUCAGUACAAGUCGACCUUUCAGGUCCUUUUACUUGCAACAUUUUGAGAAUGGGGGACCAGACAAUCCUUUGCCAGAUUAACCUGGUAGGUGACCCCUUGCCUGGCGCCUCCUUCAGUCUGAAUGUCACUGUCCUGGUCAAUGGACUAACCAGUGAGUGUCAGGGGAAUUGCACAGUUUUCUUGCAGGAAGAGGUUACUCCCAUUGUGGACACUGUGAUCGUGAACAUCAGUGGGUCUCUGACCACGGUGUUGAUUAGGGGUCAGCAGUUAGGCAGCACAGCUGAUGAGCCAGUGGUGUUUGUGGAUGGUCAUCUUCCUUGCAUUGUAACUUUUGUUAAUGCAAGUCACGUGGACUGCUGGAUAAAGGACUUGACUGCAGGACUCCAUUACCUAUCAGCUUUUCAUACACGAAAUGGGUACGCUUGUUUUGGUAAUGUUUCCAGACACUUCUACAUUUUGCCUCAAGUAUUUCAUUAUUUCCCCAAGAAUUUCAGCAUACAUGGUGGAAGCCUCUUGACCAUGGAGGGCACAGCCCUGAGAGGACAGAACACCACUUUGGUGUACAUUGGCCAGCAGGUCUGCCCGUUAGUGGAUAUCAGCUCCGAGCUCAUCCACUGUGUUGUUCCUGCAGGAAAUGGGUCCGCUGCGCUGGUCAUAGAGAUCGAUGGACUUUCACACCAGAUGGGUGUUAUUGAUUAUAGCGAAACCUUCACUCCAGAAUUGCUCUCUGUUUCUCAGACUGCUGAAAUCUUAACCUUUGUGGUGGCCCAUAUCUCAGGAGCUGCAAACGUUGACAUUUUCUUAGGGGUGUCACCAUGUGUGGGUGUCUCUGGCAAUCACACCCUUCUCCAAUGUGCAGCCCCGUCCCUGCCUGCAGGAGACUACCAACUUAGGGGUUACGACCGCAUAAGAGGGUGGGCCUCUUCUGUUCUGGUGUUCACUUCCAGAGUUGCUAUUACAGAAGUAACUGAGAACUUUGGCUGUCUGGAUGGAAGCCUUGUGCAUGUGUUUGGAGCAGGAUUUUCUCCAGGGAACAUCUCAGCUGCUGUGUGUGGUAUGCCCUGCCAAGUCCUGGCCAACACGACAGUGUCAGCCUUCAGCUGCUUGGCCCUGCCUCUGGAUGUGUCCUUGGCUUUCCUGUGUGACCUGACGUACAAUGAGGAGAGCUGUGAAGCCUCGAGCCACACCUAUGUGCAGUGUGACUUGACUGUCACUAUAGGGACAGACACACUGCCUGAAUCACGGCCUUACUUCUACAUUUGUGAAGAAAGUUCCCGAUGUCUCUCUGCACCCAAUCAUUGGCUAAAGUCAGACUUUGCAACAUUCUCAGGACUCUUCAUCAGCCCUAAAGUGGAAAGAGAUGAAGUUCUCAUCUAUAAUAGCUCCUGUAACAUUACCAUGGAAACUGAGGCAAAGAUAGAGUGUGAGACGCCUAAUCAGCCAAUUACCGCCAAGAUUACUGAGAUACGGAAAAGCUGGGGCCAGAACACUCAGGGCAACCUUUCUUUUCAGUUCUGCCAGAGAUGGUCCAGGGCUCACAGCUGGUUUCCAGAAAUAUUGCCACAAGAUGGCGACAACGUCACGGUGGAGAAAGGCCAAUUGCUACUGCUUGACACCAAUACCAGCAUCCUCAACUUCGUGCAUAUUAAAGGAGGCAAGCUGAUUUUCAUGGAUCCAGGACCCAUUGAGCUCAGGGCACAUGCCAUCCUUGUUUCUGAUGGUGGAGAGCUCCGGAUUGGAUCCAGGGAAAAGCCGUUCCAAGGCAAAGCUCAGAUUGUACUCUAUGGAAGUUCUGAUUCUACCUCCUUCUUCCCAUAUGGUGUCAAGUUCCUGGCUGUGCGGAAUGGAAUUCUUUCCCUGCAUGGUUCACCCUCAGAAGUAACUGUCACCCACCUUCGGGCAGCUGCCUCCGCCCAUGACACAAUCCUGGCUCUGGAAGAUGCUGUGCACUGGCGGCCUGGGGAUGAAGCUGUCAUCAUCAGUGGAGCAGGUGUUGAAGGUGUCAAUGCCAUGGAAGAGAUUGUGGUUGUGGAAACUGUGCGCAGUGCAAACCUCUACCUGAGGUCACCCUUGAGAUAUUCUCACAACUUCACGGAGACUUGGGUGGCUGGAGAGCACUACAUUUUAAAGGCCACAGUGGCCCUGCUGAGUAGGAGUAUCACCAUCCGAGGCAAUCUUACUGCUGAGAGGACAAAGCUCCUUGCUUCAUGCCGGGAGGUCACUGCUUCAGAAGGUAAUUUGCAGAACUGUUUGUAUUCCAAAAGUGAGAAGAUGCUGGGAUCAAGGGACCUGGGGGCCAGACUCAUUGUUCAGUCCUUUCCAGAGGAGCCCAGCCGGGUCCUGUUGAAGGGAGUGCAGUUCCGGGACUUGGGGCAAGCCUUCCAUAAGCAUCUGAGCUCCUUGACUGUGGUGGGAGAUAUGAGAGAAUCCUACAUUAAGGGAUGCUCUGUGUGGGGAUCCUUCAGCAGAGGCCUCAGCAUGGCAAGGACCGUGGGCCUGAUCGUUGAGAGAAAUGUGUUCUACAACAUUUUGGGCCAUGCACUGUUGGUGGGAACCCACAUGGACAUAAGAUAUAUUCCUUGGGAGGUUAUUCCUGGAAAUAAAAAUGUCUGGUCAGAACAGGGAAAUAGAAUAAGAAACAACAUGAUCAUCAGUGUUUCUGGUGCUGAGGGACUUUCCAACCCUGAAAUGUUGACACCAUCUGGCAUCUAUAUCCAUGACCCCACCAAUGUUAUAGAGGGGAACAAGGUGUGCGCUGCUGGUUAUGGCUACUUUUUUCAUCUUGUGACAAGCCGAUCAUCACAUGCUCCUCUUGUCUCCUUCACUCAGAAUGCUGCACAUUCUUGUACAAGGAGUGGUCUCUUUGUAUACCCCAAGUUUCAGCCGCCUUGGGAUAAUAGCACUGGCCCCACCCUAUUCCAACAUUUUGUAGUUUGGGGAAGUGCAGGUGGUGCUCAGAUUUUUAGAAGUAGUAAUCUUCACUUGAAAAACUUCCAAGUUUAUUCAUGCAGAGAUUUUGGAAUUGACAUCUUGGAAAGUGAUGCAAAUACGUCAGUCACUGACAGCUUGAUACUUGGUCACUUUGCCCACAAGGGAAGCCUAUGCAUGUCAGCUGGGAUCAGAACUCCCAAAAGAUGGGAACUGAUAAUAUCUAACACAACCUUUGUUAAUUUUGAUCUCACUGACUGUGUGGCCAUCAGGACCUGUUCAGGCUGUUCCCCAGGGCAGGGCGGAUUUACGGUGACGACCAGCAAGUUGAAGUUUACAAACUCUUCAAAUUUAGUAGCAUUUCCAUUUCCUCAUGCAGCAAUUUUGGAGGACUUGGAUGGUUCUCUGUCUGGGAAAAAUAGAAGUCAUAUUGUUGCUUCUAUGGAAACACUUCCAGCUUCUUGUUCAGUCAAUGCAAGCUUCAGCCAGAUUGUCCAGGGCAGUGUCUGCAGGGAAGAUGUUCUCUUCCAUCGUCUGUCUAUUGGUUUAGCAAAUGCUUCCAAUGUUUCUUAUGAUUUAACCGUGAUUGACAGCAGAAAUAAGACAACCACUGUCAAUUAUGUGCAGGACACAUUGUCUGAGCAUCACGGCUGGAUGGCGCUGCUCUUGGAUCAGGAGACCUACUUGCUGCAAUUUGAGACCCCUUGGAUAAACAGGUCUCUGCAGUACUCAGCAACAGUUGCCAACUUUGCUCCUGGGAAUUACCUCCUGCUGGUACACACAGUCCUGUGGCCUUACCCAGACAUCAUCGUAAAGUGCGGGAGUCGAGUAGGACAGUCCCUUCCAGCUCCUCCAUCUCCUGGUCAGGACCAAGCUUGCGACUGGUUCUUCAAUAGCCAGUUGAGGCAACUCACCUAUCUGGUUUCAGGUGAAGGCCAAGUACAAGUGAUUCUCCAAGUGAAGAAAGGUGUGCCUCCAACUAUUUCAGCUUCUACCUGUGAACCUGAAUCAGCGUUAAGAUGGUCCUUCCCUGAAGCAUGGUCAGGUAUUGAAGAGGGAUGGGGAGGUUACAACCACACCAUUCCAGGCCCUGGGGAUGACGUCCUGAUUUUACCCAACAGGACUGUCAUUGUGGAUACAGAUCUUCCAUUCCUCAAAGGUCUCUAUGUGAUGGGGACUUUAGAAUUCCCUGUGGACCGAAGCAACAUUCUGAGUGUGGCAUGCAUGGUGGUUGCAGGCGGGGAGCUCAGAGUUGGUACUUUAGAAAAUCCCUUAGAAAAAGAACAAAAGCUUCGGAUUCUCCUUAGAGCCUCAGAGGGAGUAUUUUGUGACCGCUUCAAUGGAAUUCACAUUGAUCCAGGGACAAUUGGUGUUUAUGGAAAAGUCCAGCUUCACAGUGCUUAUCCUAAAAAAUCCUGGACACAUCUUGGAGCUGACGUCGCCCCAGGGAAUGAGAGAAUUAUUGUAGAGGACACAGUGGAUUGGCGACCCCAGGACCAGAUCCUUCUUAGCUCGUCUUCUUAUGAGCCUCAUGAAGCAGAGGUCCUCACUGUGAAAGAAAUCAAAGGCCAACACAUUCAGAUUCAUGAACAGCUCAAACACCGGCACAUCGGAAGCUUCCAUGUCAUGGAGGAUGGCCGAUACAUUCAUUUGGCUGCUGAGGUUGGACUUUUGACCCGAAAUAUACAAAUCCAGUCUGACAUAUCAUGUAGGGGGAGACUACUUGUGGGGUCCUUCAGGAAAUCCAGCAAUGAAGAAUUUUCAGGUAUCCUACAACUUUUAAAUGUGGAAAUUCAAAACUUUGGAUCACCGUUGUAUUCAUCCAUUGAACUCACUAAUGUGUCUGCAGAAUCCUGGAUAAUAUCUUCUACUCUGCACCAAAACUGUGGUGGUGGCAUUCGUGUGGCUGGGAGUCACGGGAUCAUUUUCAAUGACAACAUAGUGUUUGGUACAGCUGGCCAUGGCAUUGAUUUGGAGGGUCAUGCCUAUUCUCUCUCUAAUAACCUUGUGGUGCUGAUGACACAGCCAGCAUGGUCUGCCAUUUGGGUGGCAGGAAUCAAAGUGAACCAGGCAAAGGACAUUAACCUCCAUGGCAAUGUCGUGGCAGGAUCAGAGAGACUUGGUUUUCACAUCUGGGGUAACAGGUGUUCCUCUCCUAAAGCUCUUUGGUCUGACAAUGUGGCCCAUUCAAGCCUUCAUGGCCUUCAUCUCUACAAGGAAAGUGGACUUGACAACUGUACUAAUGUCUCUGGCUUUUUGACUUUUAAGAACUUUGACUAUGGUGCCAUGCUGCAUGUGGAGAACAGCUUGGAGAUGGAGAACAUCACUUUCGUAGACAACACUGUUGGUUUGUUGGCAGUAGUUUAUGUGUCUUCUGUUCCACAGAGCUACGUUGAAAGUGUACAGAUUGUGCUUAGGAAUUCAGUCCUUGUGGGUACUUCCUCCACUUUUGACUGCAUUCAGGACAAAGUUAAGCCUCGCUCUGCCAAUUUGACAUCAACAGAUAGAGUACCAUCCAAUCCGAGAGGGGGUCGAGUUGGUAUUCUGUGGCCUCUAUUGACCUCAGAACCAAAUCGAGGGCCUCAGGUGCCAUUGCACAAAGUGAAGACUGGACUUUCAAUUUCAGGCCUCAUGAAACUUCAAGAUGUCACUUUUUCUAGUUUUGAGAAGAGUUGCUAUAGUGAUGACCUGGAUGUCUGCAUUCUGCCUGAUACAGAGAACACUGGAAUCCCACAUCCAAUAAUAGCAGAGAGGACCAGGAUGCUAAAGAUAAAAGAUGCAAACAAGUUCUACUUUCCUCCAUUACAACACAGGAAAGGUUUAGGAACACUGGUCUGCCCUGAAUCAAACUGUGAAAAUCCAAGAAAAUAUCUCUUUAAGGAUCUGGAUGGGAGAGCCCUAGGCCUGCAGCCACCAGUUUCUGUAUUUCCUAAAGCUGAGGCAGAAUGGACUGGAUCUUUCUUCAAUACAGGAACAUUUAGAGAAGAACAGAAAUGCACAUACCGAUCUGUGAUACAAGGCUAUAUCUGCAAGCAGACUGACCACGUGAUCUUAAUUCUUGACAAUACUGAUGCCACUUGGGCAAUGCAGAAGUUCUAUCCAGUUGUAUCUGUGACUGGUGGUUUUGUUGACAUCUUUACCAGUGUAAAUGCCAAUACUCCCUGCUCUAUUUCAGGGUCUGUAUCUACUUUCUAUUCCAUCAUACCAACCAGGAAAAUCACCAAGGUCUGUUUUGUGGAUCAGACUCCUCAAAUUUUGCGUUUUUUUCUAUUAGGGAACAAAAGUGCCUCCAAGCUUCUCUUGGCUAUAUUCUACCAUGAGCUCCAGAGUCCCCAUGUUUUCUUAGGGGAAAGUUUCAUUUCACCUACUUUGGUUCAAUCAACUUCCUCAUUACUGAACAAGUCUACUGGUGCCAACUAUUUUGACAUCAUGGAUAACCUCUUAUAUGUUGUCCUACAAGGAGAGGAACCCAUUGAAAUACACUCAGGUGUUUCCAUGCAUUUGGCCUUCACAGUGAUGUUUACAGUUCCAGAAAAAGGCUGGGAAGCUGUGAUCCUUCAAAGACUAACUGAGUUCUUGCAGGUUAGCCCAUACCAAAUCAGAUUUAUACAUGAAAUGCCUGGUAAUAAAGCAACCUUAAAGGCCAUUGCUGACAGCAAAGCAAAGAGAAAGCGCAAUUGCCCAACAGUGACUUGUGCCAGUUAUUAUAGAGUUGGUCAACGCAAACCUCUCAUGAUGGAAAUGAACUCGUAUAUGGUCCCACCACCAACCACUGUGGAAACUGUCUCAAAAGUGAUGGUCAUUGAAAUUGGUGAUCUGCCAACAGUAAGGAGCUCUGGCCUGAUUCCAUCCUUAUCAAGUAACAAAUUGCAGGACUUGGCUCACCAGGUUAUCACCGCUCAACAGACCGGAGUGCUGGAGAAUGUUCUGAAUAUGACUAUUGAGGCCUUAUUGGUGACUCAGUCAAAGGAAGUUUAUGGUCAUGGAAAUACAAGUUUGAAAACUGGGAACUUGAUAUACGUUCGACCUUAUGCUCUUUCAGUUCUGGUCCAACCUUCGGAUGGACAAGUAGGAAAAGAACUUCCAGUUCAACCACAACUUGUUUUUCUGGAUAAGCAGAGUCAGCGAGUGGUGUCCUUGGGGCCCCCCUUAGAACCUUGGGCUGUUUCUGUUUCCCUGGAAGGGGUACCAGAUUCAAUGCUGAAAGGCUGUACUCAAGCAGAAACUCAAGAUGGUUAUGUGAGCUUCUCCAACUUGGCAGUUUUGAUCUCUGGGUCAAAUUGGCACUUUAUUUUUACUGUCACUUCCCCUCCAGGGGCCAAUUUUACAGCUCGAUCCAGAUCAUUCGCUGUCUCUCCUGUGAUGAGGAUGGAGCCAUCCACCCUCAUCCUGGCUGCUUCUUUGAGCUCAGUGGUCUCCUGGUUGGCGCUGUGCUGUCUGGUGUGCUGUUGGUUAAAGAGAAGCAAAAGUGGAAAAAUAAAAAAUGAAGAGAUUUCUGAACCCCAGACUCACGAUCAAAAGAAUCACAUCCACAUUUCAGCCAAGAUGCAGGCGUCACGAGUAGAAGCUGAAAAAGAAGACCCCAUGAUGACAGAAGAUAUGAGGAUGAAGGUCAUGCUGGGCAGGCUGAACCACCUCCCACACCAGUCCCUGAAUGGGGUGUCCAGGAGGAAGGUUAGCCGCCUUGCUGCCCGAGAGGAGGAGGGCAGCAGCCGGGCAGAUGCUGCUGGGCCUUCUCCCAAUCUGACCAGUGGCACAUCCCAUAGGCACACCUGUCUUCCAGGCUCUCCUGCUCAGCAGAUGUACCUGCAGGAGUCUGGAACCUGGAAGGAGGCCCAAGAGCAGUUGCUCAGAUACCAGCUGGCAGGCCGGGAUCAGCUGCUGCUUCUCUGCCCAGAUCUCAGACAAGAGAGACAACAAUUCCAGGGGCAGAGUCAGCUCGCCAAGGCAAGUGACAGCUUGGGGCUUUCCCAAGAGAAGCAAGCCUCCUGUGGUGCUGCUGAGGCAUUGUGCCUUCAUUCACUACGUCCGGAAACUACUCAGGAACAGCUGUGAUCAGGCGUUGGUGUGGGCAUUUGGACUGGAAGUCUGAAUGUUCACGUGAGCGGGGUUGACGGGGACUGAUAAGUGGGGACAUUAGAAGAGAGAGCACCUUGACUUUGCAUUCUUUGUUGAACCCUAAAGCAGAAGGCGGUCAUAUAUGUGCUUGUAACUAUGAAAGUGUAUUUACCAUGGGUCUUGGUCCAAGGAUGGUCAGAUCACAGGCUCCCAUAUAUUUGUUAAUUUUUUACUCAUUUUUAAUUUAACCUUCUGAUUUUUACCAUGUUAUAAUGUAUAAUAUUGAUUCACACCAUUAGGGGGUGUAAUUAAGCUUCCUCAGGGAUUAUUUAGUAGCACCCAUAACAAUUUGAACUUCUCUUAUGGAAGGGCUCAUGGAGAUAUCUGGUUAGCUAUAGUUGUUUCUGCAGUGUUAUAGCAAAACAUAUUUCAAAGACAGAAGACCAUACUCCCUGAUCUCAGGCAGCUUCUUAAUUUUUACAAGCUGAUUUUAUUUCAUUGCUUAAAUUCAAUCAUUAUGUGGUGUCUAUAGUAGAACAAACAAAUCAAAUGUAUACCUUAUGACUAUUGACACGUGAAAAUCAAUAUUCUUGUGGGUUUUGCUGAUAUUUUAGUUAAGGAAAAAGAUAUAAAAGCUGCAAGUUUGGGAAAGGAAAUUGUUGAUGGACCAAUGUUGUUUUUUCAAUAAUCUUUCUGUUAGAAACUGCUUCAAAUGUUUAACUGGAAGAUAAUUAUAUUUGAAGGCCAGAGAUAACCAAAUGCUCAUCUGGAUUAUCAACUAACUAAUUUAUCAGAGAACUGAUUUUGAGGAAAGAAAAUUCAUUCCAAUGAAGGGAAGGAGGAAUUCGGCCAUGUGUAGCCUCCCUGAACUAUCUGUGUACUGGGAAUUUGGGAAUUGUCAUGGACACUAGAGCAGAGGGUCCACUGUUUGAUAAGUUGUGUAAGAUAAUCAAAGUUGUGUAAUUCACACAUUUGCAGAUGGCCUGCCUGUGUUCAAAGUAAAGGAGACUUUAAAUAACCUGUGUUCAUCACUUUGGAUCUGGAAGAUCUUCCACUCCAAAGGAAUAAAACAAAGACAUGAGAGACAAUGAGAAUUUUCAGAAAGAACUUACUCUUAGAAUUCUCCUUAAAUAUAAACUAGAAUUUUCCAAUCUCUGAAAGAUGAAAGGGCUGUCCUAUGUUUAAAUUAGUAUAGAGGAAGGAAAUAUACCCUUCUUUUGCAGAAUUUUAAAUGAUGAUGCUCUGGAAUUUGCCCCAUAGGAGGUAAUGGACAAAAGCCAUUAUCUGCAAGGCAUCAAUGAGAAAAUAUAUCUCCCCUUAUCAUGUGUUGCCUGGAACAUUCUCAAUCUCUUGGUCUAGAUGUCUUAUGGGCUUAUUCAACCUGAAAACUGCCAGCGAAAGGAGAUAAUAGCCUUCGUGGUGAUAUUGUGUUGGAUUCUGAAGGAGAAUGAGUAUAUAUUAAAAUAGAUAGUCUCUAAGAGUUUUCAAUACUGGCUAUCUGUGUUUAAGAUUGCACUUGACAGGCAAACUGCUCUAUAGAAAUUCACUCUGGGGAACAAGGUUACUGUCUGUAGGGUAAAUCCUCUUUAGAGAUGUGUUUUGUUUGGGAACAAACAGUGUUUAAAAUCAUAGAAAAAAAAAUGCUUAAGCAGAAUAUGCCUUCUCUAGUUUAAUU